AUGUACUCUCGAGCCUCCCGGGCCAUCGUGGCCGCCGUCGCUCGUCCAGCUCUCCGCACCGGCGCCGGUGCUCACCUCGCCCCAGCAGCAACAGCCGCAGCAGCAGUUGCUCCCCUUUCCUCGCAACCCCCAGCUUCCACUUCCACAUCUCGAGUCCUUCUUCCGCAAAGAAGCUUCCACUCCACGCCCUCCACCCGCAAAGGCAUCUUCCCGGACUCCGCCGACCCCGCGGCCCCGAACCCGCAAUCGCACAAUGUCGCCGGCGCCGGCUCCCACGUCUCGGAACCAUCCCCAUUGACCGAUGGGCAGUACCAUGACUACGCCGAGCAUUACCUGAACACCGUUCUCGAGGAGGUGGAAUCUCGUCAGGAGGAGGGCUCGGAGAUUGAGGCCGAAUAUAGUGCCGGAGUCAUGAAUGUUGCCGUCCCCGGAGUCGGUGUAUACGUGCUCAACAAGCAGCCCCCCAACAAGCAGAUCUGGCUGAGUUCGCCCAUCUCCGGCCCCAAGCGGUUCGAUUGGGUGCUCGAGGGCGAUCAGAUGCAUGAGAAGCAGGACUCCCGGCCGUUCGCCAAUGGGCAGUGGAUCUAUCUGCGCGAUGGCACGAAUCUGACCGAUCUGUUGAACCAUGAAUUGACCUUGAACCUGCCGAAGGAUAUCUACAGUGAUUUGAAUUAG